AUGUCAGACGGUUCAAACUAUGAUUACCUUUUCAAGGUCGUACUUAUCGGUGACUCAGGUGUCGUUCUCUCUCGAUUCACGAGGAACGAAUUCAACCUAGAAUCCAAAUCUACCAUCGGUGUAGAAUUUGCUACUCGAAGUAUCAAUGUUGAUGGAAAGACAGUCAAGGCUCAGAUCUGGGAUACUGCUGGUCAAGAGAGAUAUCGAGCCAUCACCUCAGCAUACUACCGAGGAGCCGUCGGUGCCCUACUCGUCUAUGAUAUUGCCAAACACUCAACAUACGAGAACGUCACGAGAUGGUUGAAGGAAUUGAGGGAUCAUGCAGACGCCAACAUCGUUAUCAUGUUGGUCGGGAACAAGUCAGAUUUGAAACAUUUGAGAGCGGUUAGUACGGACGAGGCUAAACAGUUUGCUACCGAGAACGGUCUCUCAUUCAUCGAAACUUCAGCUUUGGACGCAUCCAACGUAGAGUCGGCUUUCCAAAAUAUUUUGACUGAAAUCUACCGAAUCGUCUCUUCCAAAUCACUCGAGUCGUCCGGAGACGUCAUCAAGCCAUCUGGAGGUGAAACUAUCUUGGUCACUCCGACUGCGGACGAUGGAGGUGCUAAACAAGGUGGAAAAUGUUGUUAG